AUCUGGCACGACAGCAGGCACCGAGUCAUCUGGCACGACAGCGGGCACCGAGUCAACUGGCACGACAGCGGGCACCGAGUCAUCUGGCACAACAGCGGGCACCGAGUCAUCUGGCACGACAGCGGGCACCGAGUCAUCUGGCACGACAGCGGGCACCGAGUCAUCUGGCAGAACACGGGCAUUGGGUCACCAAGCUCGACAGUGGGCACCGAGUCAUCUGGCACGACAGCAGGCACCGAGUCAUCUGGCACGACAGCGGGCACCGAGUCAUCUGGCACGACAGCGGGCACCGAGUCAACUGGCACGACAGCG